GCGGGAUUAAACUUAGGUACCGGAUCAGAUCUCUGGGAGCUCCUAGGGUUCCUGGGUUUCUGUCACACGGCGGAUGAGCUUACUGGCUAUGGCGCCGAUCGAUAUCAGGCAAGUCGAGGCAGGGAUUUUGAUGCGCUACGGGCUCGCGAUGGCCGCAUUGAGCUGAGAUCACAGCCUGUGUGAUCGAGGUGAAAAUUCUCUGGGGCGUGGAGAAUCCAGGCACUCGUCAUUGCAUGGGAGAAUGUCGCUUUUCCGCCGAUUUUUCUACAGGAGGCCCCCCGAUGGGCUCCUGGAGAUAUCCGAGAGGGUUUUUGUCUUUGACUCGUGCUUCUCCACGGACGUCUUCGAGGAGGAGACUUACAAGCUCUACUUGCGCCAGAUCGCGAUGCAAAUCCACGAGCAGUUCCCCGAUUCGUCCUUCCUCGUCUUUAACUUCCGGGAGGGCGAGAGGAAGAGCCAGCUGACAGAGAUGUUAUCGCAAUACGAUAUGACGGUGAUGGACUAUCCACGCCAGUACGAGGGCUGCCCGAUUCUUCCCAUGGAGAUGAUCCAUCACUUCCUGCGAUCCAGCGAUAGUUGGCUCUCGCUCGAGGGGCAGCAAAACAUCGUCCUGAUGCACUGCGAGAGGGGGGGAUGGCCGCUGCUGGCGUUCAUUCUCGCCAGCUUUCUCAUCUACAGGAAGAUGUACACGGGCGAAUUCAAGACGCUUGAUAUGCUCCACCGGGAGGCUCCCAAGGGAUUGAUGCAGCUGCUCACUCCGCUCAAUCCGAUGCCAUCGCAGCUGAGAUAUCUCCAGUACGUUGCUAGAAGGAACAACUCUCCAGAGUGGCCUCCCCCGGAUCGCUCGCUCAGCCUCGACUGCCUCAUUCUCAGAGUGGUGCCAGCUUUCGAUACCGAGGAUGGAUGCCGGCCCCUCGUCCGGAUUUAUGGAAGAGAUCCCCGAUCGAAAGCAGGGAACAGGACGACGAGGAUGCUCUUUGCCUUGGGAAAGAAGAGCAAGUCUGUCCGGCAUUAUCGACCGACAGAUUGUGAUGUGAUGAAGAUCGAUGUACAGUGUGCCGUGCAAGGGGACGUGGUUCUCGAGUGCAUUCACUUGGACUUGGAGUCGGACCGGGAGGAGAUGAUGUUCCGGGUCAUGUUUAACACGGCGUUCAUCCGCUCCAACAUCCUGAUGCUCAACCGGGACGACAUUGACAUACUCUGGAACGGGAAGGAGCGCUUCUCCAAGGACUUCCGAGCAGAGGUGCUUUUUGGCGAGACGGAUGGAUUUUCGUCCCCUGUGGCGCCUGUGCCGUCGCUGAUGGAAGAGAAAGGUGGCUUGCCGAUGGAAGCUUUUGCCAAGGUCCAGGAGCUCUUCAGUAGCGGGGACUGGUUAGACGGUGGCGGAGACGCGGCAUUGAAGUUCCUCCAGCAGCUGACCACGGUUGGCAAUGGAUUUGAGGACAGGAGACUUCCGAUGGAUCGAGCAGCACUAGCGGCAGUGGACGACGAGUGGACACUUAUUUCCAGCAGCACUACCUCCUCCACCAUCGCCACCGCGACACCCCUAACCGACGAUCAAAACGGGACAAGUCCAACGUCAUCGUCUAACCCUAGCUUCGCACCAGGUACUCCUUCGCCACCUCCACCUCCGCCUCCUCCACCACCUCCGAGGUUGGCUAUUUCGCGUUCUCCACCUCCUGCUCCACCACCACCACCACCACCACCAGUAGUUUCUGUUGCCGGUCGUCCCCCUCCUCCGCCUCCUCCACCACCUCCGUUCAAGCUUCCAAGUUCUACUGCAAAGCUGCCACCGCCACCGCCGCCUCCGCCUCCUCCGCCGCUGCCUCGAGGGAAUUCAACUGCCCCACCGCCGCCGCCUCCGCCACCGUUGCCUAGAGGGAAUUCAGCUGCACCACCUCCUCCGCCUCCUCCACCGCCACGUGGCAAUACCGCUGCGCCACCUCCACCGCCACCACCUCUUCCACAAGCUGCGAGGCCUCUAGCUUCAUCAAGCUCACCACCGCCGCCGCCACCGCCGCCGCUGCCUCCACCGGGAAUGCGAGGCACUCCUCUGCCUCCACCUCCGCCUUUUAAAGGACCGCCUCCACCUCCGCCGCCUCCUCCCGGAUCAGCAGCUCCGCCGCCACCGCCGCCUCCUCUCGGUGUGAAGUCACCAUUGCCUGGUGUACCACCUCCUCCGCCACCUGCAUUGGGGAGAGGACGAGGUAGUAGUCCUUUGACACCUUCGCCUCCUGGUGGUCGAGGCCGAGGACAGGUUGCUGGUGCUUCGGGUCUGGCAUCUGCUACGCCGAAGAAGACCUCUCUGAAGCCAUACCACUGGGUAAAGGUUACACGGGCUAUGCAGGGCAGUCUAUGGGCGGAGAGUCAGAAGCAGGAAGAGCAGUCAAGGCAACCUGAAUUUGACAUGAACGAGCUAGAGAGCCUCUUCUCGGCCGCUGUUCCGAAUGCUGCUGCGGGUGGUGACAGAGCGGGUGGUCGUCGUGCAUCUCUAGUUCCCAAGCAGGAAAAAGUGCUCCUGAUUGAACAUAGACGGGCGUACAAUUGCGAGAUAAUGCUGACAAAAGUGAAGAUGCCACUGCCAGAAGUUGUUAAAGCAAUACUAGCGUUGGAUGGGGCAGUACUGGAUGUAGAUCAGGUUGAUAAUCUGAUCAAGUUUUGUCCAACAAAGGAGGAGAUGGAAACGCUCAAGAACUACACGGGCGAUAAAGAAUGCCUGGGCAAAUGUGAGCAGUAUUUCCUGGAGAUGAUGAAAGUUCCUCGGGUAGAGUCCAAAUUGAGGGUUUUUUCUUUUAAACUUCAGUUCACGUCGCAGGUGUCAGAUUUACGAGAAAAUCUGGUAGUAGUCAAUGAAGCUUCAGCAGAGGUGAAAGAGUCUCCUAAGCUUAAAAGAGUGAUGCAAACGGUUCUGUCCCUGGGAAAUGCGUUAAACCAAGGAACUGCUAGAGGGGCGGCGAUUGGAUUCAGACUCGAUAGUCUACUUAAGCUGACAGAAACUCGAGCUCGUAAUUCUAGAACUACGUUAUUACAUUAUCUGUGUAAAAUUGUAUCCGAGAAAAUGCCCGAAAUACUUGAUUUCGACAAGGAAUUGCCUCACCUUGAGGCAGCCACCAAGAUUCAAUUGAAGGCUCUUGCAGAAGAAAUGCAAGCCGUAAGCAAGGGCCUGGAAAAGGUUGAGCAGGAAUUGACAGCGUCUGAAAACGAUGGAGCCGUCUCUGAUGGGUUUCGGAAGAGCUUGAAGAGUUUCCUUGAUACAGCGGAGGCGGAGGUGAGAACACUGGCGUCUUUGUACUCUGAAGUGGGCCACAAUGCCGAUUCCUUGGCGCGCUACUUCAAUGAAGAUCCCGCUCGCUGUCCAUUUGAGCAAGCGGUGUCGAUCAUUUUUAAUUUCAUCGUGAUGUUCAAGCGUGCAUUGGAAGAGAACAGCAAGCUAGCAGAGAUGGAAAGGAAGAAGGCUGAGAAGGAGGCCGACAAAGACAAGGUUCUCCCGCUGAGAAGAGAGCUGGAUGGGCUACUGUCGCCCCGGCGAAGCAGGAUAGCGUGACCAUUUAAGUCGGAGAUUUUGAAAGGGGGUCUUUGUUUGUACAUUCUUCCGGAUAGAUUAUUGACACGAAGAAGAUUUUUGAAGAAAAGAAAUUCAAUGAUACGUUUCCAAGGCCCUACUAAGAACGUUAGGGUUUUCA